AUGGUAAACAUAAAUGUUGUUCUUCUUGUGGUAUUAUUAACCAACUUUCACGUUGUCUAUUCGACUAUUUUUAAUAUUCGAGACUACGGCGCUGUAGGUGAUGGAGUGACCGACGACACACGAGCCAUUAUUGAAACUAUCGAUAAGUGCAUGGAAAGUGGUGGCGUACUCUAUAUACCGACUGGCAAAUUUGUAGUUCGUUCAUCGUUGAUUUUCAAGACCAAUUUUAAGUUCACGAUAACUGGAGAUGGGAUAGGCUCAGUUCUAUCAUGGGAAUUCGAUGAUCACCUCAUUGUAAUAUUGUCACAAGACGGCAGCGAGUCAUCACAAUUGACAAUACGCGAUUUUUCUAUAACAUCAAGUGUUGUUUUAAAAUCCUUGGAUAAAUUUGCAAUUUAUGCUGAAGACUUAGUUCAAAGUCAAAUCGAACAUCUGGUUAUCAAUUCCAAUGAUUCAAAAAGUUUUCCAGUGCCUAGUGGUAUAGGAAUGAUGGGUGUGGCAGAUACGAAUACUAUACGUGAUGUCGUCAUGUGGGAAAUUAAGGGUACAGGAAUACAAAUAGGUUAUGGUUCAGAGAUUCGCAUUUUAGGUGGUCGAAUUAUUGGAGCCGGUAUUCGUUUUGAUUCGAGUAUUGGCAUUCAUUGCACGGGUAAUAAUGGUGGUGUUCAUAUUGAAAAUACAGAUAUCAUUGCUCUUGGCACUGGAAUAUUGAUCGCGAAUAGUAGUGGUGUUGGUUCGAACCGAGAAAUUUUUAUUAGUCAUGCUACUAUUGAUUCGAAUGGUCGAGGUUUAGUCAUUCGUGAUAAUAGUUAUGUGUCCAUUAUUGGCAUAUGGGCAGCAUCAAGCACAAUCGAUCAGGUGUUUAUUGAUGAAAAUACUACAGCAGUUCUAUCCAUUAGUGGAGGCACAAUUUUCAAUGGUGGAGUAUACGAAUGUCCCAAAGAAUCUGACUGGUGUAACGGUCUGACAGUACGCAGCGGAACAUUUAUUCUGAAUGGCGUUGAAGUGCGUAAUAAUAAUGGGCGUGGUAUCUGGAUACCGAAUAAAUCAGUCACACAAUAUCAAAUUAUUGCUUGUCGUAUCUUUGCCAAUGGACAAGGCUUUAAUGUGACUGGUUCUUCUUUUAUGAUUACGAACAAUAUUUGUAAUUCAAAUCAAAUACCAAACGCUAUCUCCGGAACAGAAACCUCAAUAGUACUAAAUAAUCUUGGUUGUUGA